CUGAGAAAUUUUACAAUUUUAUCCACUCAUUUCAAAUUUGAUGCCUGCUACAGGUCUCAAAAUAGUUGGGACAGGGGCAUGUUUACCAUGGUGUAGCAUCUCCUCUUCUUUUCAAAACAGUUUGAAGACGUCUGGGCAUCGAGGUAAUGAGUUUCUGGAGUUUUGGUGUUGGAAUUUGGUCCCAUUCUUGCCUGAUACAGGUUUCCAGCUGCUGAAGAGUUUGUGGUCGUCUUUGACGUAUUUUCCGUUUAAUGAUGCGCUAAAUGUUCUCUAUAGGUGAAAGAUCUGGACAGCAGGCAGGCCAAUUCAGCACCCAGACUCUUCUACGACGAAGCCAUGCUGUUGUAAUAGCUGCAGUAUGUGGUUGUGUAUUAUCCUGCUGAAAUACACAAGGCCUUCCCUGAAAUAGACAUUGUCUGGAGGGGAGCAUAUGUUGCUCUAAAACCUUUAUAUAUUGAUCAGCAUUCAUAGUGUCUUGCAAAACAUGCAAGCUGCCCAUACCGUAUGCGCUUAAGCACCCCAUACCAUCAGAGACGCUGGCUUUUGAACUGAACGCUGAUAACACGCUGGAAGGUCUCGCUCCUCUUUAGCCCGGAGGACACGGCGUCCGUGAUUUCCAACAAGAAUGUCAAAUUUGGACUCGUCUGACCAUAGAACACUUUUCCACUUUGAAACAGUCCAUUUUAAAUGAGCCUUGGCCUACAGGACACAACGGUGCUUCUGGACCAUGUUCACAUAUGGCUUCCUUUUUGCAUGAUAGAGCUUUAGUUGGCAUCUGCAGAUGGCACGGCGGAUUGUGUUUACCGACUGGUUUUUGGAAGUAUUCCUACCCGUUUAAUCAUGCCGAUGAGUAAUGCAGUGUCGUCUGAGGGCCCAAAGACCACGGGUAUCCAAUAAAGUCCCAUCUUUACUUCUGAGAGACUCUGCCUCUCUAAGACAUCCCUUUUAUAGCUAAUUAUGUUACAGACCUGAUAUCAAUCAACUUAAUUAGUUGCUAGAUGUUCUCCCAGCUGAAUCUUUUCAAAAUGUCUUGCAUUUUCAGCCAUUUGUAGCCCCCGUGCCAACUUUUUUGAGACCUGUAGCAGGCAUCAAAUUUGAAAUGAGCUCAUUUAGUGGAUAAAAGUGUACAAUUUCUCAGUUUAAACAUCUGUUAUGUUAUCUAUGUUCUAUUGUGAAUAAAAUAUUGGCUCAUAUGAUUUGAAAGUCUAAAAGUUUUCAUUUUAUACAAAUUUAAAAAACGUUCCAACAUUACCGGAAUUCGGGUUGUACAAUUUAAAAUGACAGUUUUCUAUUUGAAUAUAUUUUAAAAUGUAAUUUAUCUCUGUGAUCAUAGCUGAAUUUUCAGUAUCAUUAAUCCAGUCUUCAGAGUCACAUGAUCCUUCAGAAAUCAUUCUGAUAUGCUGAUUUGCUGCUCAAGAAACAGUUCAUAUUAUCAAUGUUGAAAACAGUUGUACUGCUUAAUAUUUUUGUGGAAAUAGAAAUCUUUUGUAACAUUAAAGUCUUUACAGUCUUUUUUUUUUUUUUUUUUUUUUUAAAUCAGUUUAAUGCAUCCUUACAGAAUAAAAACCACUUCUUAAAUAACUUACUGACCCCAAAUUUUUGAACAGUGUCUUUGUAUAUAGGCCUGUACUUCUUGCUGUCUGUGAAUCUGGUGACAAAUAGUCGUUCCUUGUUGGAUCAGUUUGGGCAAUUUAAGAAACUGUGUUCACCGAACUUUAGGUCACCCAUAGAAAGGAGGUCAGCUUUGCUUCCACCUCUUACCUUGCGAUGUCCUUAGUCAAACGUUUCUUAACAGCUUUAUAAACAGGUUUUAAGAAGUCUUCUUCUGAGAACUCCUGGUGAUAAAUCAUGGUGAAUGCAGGUUCUGGUCACUAAAUAUGUCUCCUGUAUUGUAAAUCUAUGGGACUUUUUUUUUUUUUUUUUUUUUUUUUUUUUUAAUCAUCAGUCAGGGAAAUAUGCCUCUUGUGGGUUUGUUGAAUACGUAUCUCCUCAACUGUAUCGCAAUAAACUGAAGAACAAGUUGCGCAAGUUUAAUACUUGGAGUCAGAGGGUUCAAAAUGAGAAAUAGUAAUAGUGCUGCUUGCCUUAACAAACACCUCCAGUAAAGGGGAAGCAGUCUGUCUUUAAACUGAAUUCUACAGUCAGUGCUGGAACAGAUCCGAUAACAAAGACAUGCUUUCGUUCAACAGGGUUUUGCUGAGCUACUUUUGCCAUCAAUAGGAGGGGACAGGCAUUCUCUCUCUCUCUCUCUCUCUCUCUCUCUCUCUCUCUCUCUCUCUCUCUCUCUCUCUCUCUCUCUCUCUGUCUGAGUACAGACCUCUUAAAAUAGACAGGGCAACUCAAGAACCCAUUUUGCCUCUGGUGGAAAAACACAUGAGGGUCUCUCUCUCUUUGCGGUCUGGGAUUGCGACAGCUCUCAUCCUGUUGACCCUGAUAGUCUAGUUUUCUUCAUUCUGACCAGGAUCACCACUACUCUGGAAACUUGCAUAACUCAUCUGUACGCUCUUCCUCUCCACAAUCCAAUUGUAUGAUUUUUUCCCCCCCAAACAGCAUUCCUUCUAACAUGAUUAAAGCAUGAAAAAACUGAUGUCUUUAGGCCAGAAACUCUGUCCGGGGUCUCGAGGAGACCUGGACCUGAAGAAACCAGCUGGAGCCUGCAAUGGUCCAGACCAGGAGGAGAAGAUGAUCAUGAGGAGGGAGAUCUCUCUCACUAAUGGCAUCUGCUUAAUUGUGGGCAACAUGAUUGGCUCGGGCAUUUUCGUGUCACCCAAGGGUGUGUUGAUGUACAGCGCCUCCUACGGCCUUUCGUUGAUCAUCUGGGCUCUCGGUGGCAUAUUUUCCGUGUUUGGUGCACUGUGUUACGCAGAACUUGGAACCACUAUUACAAAGUCUGGUGCUAGUUACGCGUACAUCCUGGAGGCCUUUGGGGGUUUCCUUGCUUUCAUUCGCUUGUGGACGUCCAUCCUGUUGGUGGAGCCAGCCAGUCAGGCUGUCAUCUCACUGACGUUUGCCAACUACCUGGUGGAAGCUUUCUACCCCACCUGUCAGCCUCCGUACGACGCUGUGCGACUGAUAGCAGCGGCUUGUCUCUGUAUUCUGAUCUUCAUAAACUGUGCUUAUGUAAAGUGGGGCACUUUGGUUCAAGAUAUUUUCACCUACACCAAGAUCAUGUCUCUGCUCCUCGUCAUCACAAUGGGCAUCAUCAAGAUAAUUUAUGGAGAAACAAAGAACUUUAAUAGUCCAUUUGAGGGUUCCUCCACGGAGGCAGGCAGCAUUGCUCUCGCUCUUUAUUCGGCUCUGUUCUCCUACUCUGGCUGGGACACACUCAACUUUGUUACUGAGGAGAUCCAGAACCCUGAGAGGAACCUUCCCAUCGCUAUAGCCAUCUCCAUGCCAAUAGUGACAAUCAUCUAUCUGCUGACCAACGUGGCCUACUAUGUAGUUCUGGACAUGCCUUCUUUCAUGGGUAGUGAUGCAGUGGCUGUAACAUUUGGAAAUCAAGUGCUAGGGCCCAUUAGCUGGAUCGUUCCCAUCGCUGUGGCCAUGUCUUGCUAUGGAGGACUCAAUGCCUCCAUCAUUGCCGCCUCCAGGUUGUUUUUUGUGGGGGCGAGAGAAGGCCACCUUCCCAUCAGCUUAAGUCUGAUCCACGCUGAGCGUUACACUCCUGUACCUGCACUCCUCUUUAAUGGCGUGAUGGGUCUGAUCUUCCUCUGUGUAGAGGAUGUGUUUCAACUCAUCAACUACUUCAGCUUCAGUUACUGGCUGUUUGUGGGUCUGUCUGUGGCCGGACUCAUUUACCUGCGCAUCACUCAGCCUGACAGACACAGACCUGUCAAGCUCACAUUGUUCUUUCCCUUCAUCUACUGCUUGUGCAGUGUGUUCCUCGUGAUCGUGCCUCUGUACAGCGACACCAUUAACUCCCUCAUAGGAGUUUCCAUCGCACUGUCUGGAGUGCCUGUUUAUUACCUGUGUAUCUACUUGCCCAAAGAGAAAAGGCCAAAAUGGAUCGGUAAGCUCAAUGAUUCUGUCACCAAGUACACUCAGAUCAUGUGCUGCUGUUGCUUAACUGACUUGGAUGUGGAGCCAGAGAAGUUGGCAGAACCAAAGACUCAAUAACUAUCUCAAUAGGACGUGCCUGGACCAUGGAUUCCAUCUCUGCAUCAUAGGGAGAAAAAAAGAGAAACUAUUUGUCAAAAGCAAAUACCUCAUGGAUUUAUAAAACUUCUAGUACAUAUCUCCUAGAGAUCAAAUUCCAUCGAUAUCUCAGAUAUAUCUCUUUUGCUCAGUGUUACUGAAAAACAAAAUACUGUGUGAUUUAUUCUGUUGGAGUGUUUCUUCAAGGAUCACUAAUAACUGCAAAUCAAAAUGAAUUAUGUCCACCAUUCUUUCAAGGUCUCAAUGAAGCUCCUUGCACGCUGCUGACUGAAGAGGAUUAUAGAUACCGGGAAACAUUGGAACUGCUUUUGGUUUGAGUCUUGAACAGAAAACAGGGCAGAGGAGCUGGAAUAUACUGAAACUGAACAACUGGAUAGUUAACUCAUGUCAACUAUUUGGGGACUACGAUAUAGAGUAAUGGGACUUUCUUUUUAAAAAAAUACACAUUUCUUUCUGUACCAUUUGUCAAAUGCAGUAAAAAAAAACAAACAAAAAAAAACAAGGGAUUUUCAAAUGGUUUUGUCCAUUUGAUUUCAGUGCACUUGUUUCUGUAUGAUAACUGCACUUAGUGUCUCACUGUCUGUAUUUGAUGUCCUUUGUUCAUUUGAAAUUGAAAACAGGAAGUAUCACUUACUGAA